AUGCGAGGUGCGUUGCUGUGUGGUGCUUUGAGGGACAGUUGUGCGCGGCUGUCGAUGUAUUGGUUGGCAAACCAGCUGUCCACUAUCCUGCAGAUCUUCGUGUUAAUCGUGUUGGUGGGAUCUGACGGGAGACACGUGUACGUUUGUUGGUCGCUGACGAGGUCCUGCAUUUUCCGGUGGUAUUCCUCUGACGAAAGUAUCACUGUUUUGGUGCACAAACGAAACACCGCGAUAGCCCUAACCGACAGAGCGAUCAAGCUCACCGACGUGGACUACCGCCCGGAAGCUUUAAAGGUAGCCAGGACCAUCUUGGAGGUAAACAACUACCCAGGCUGGUUUAUCGACAAAGUGUUCCAACAGCGUGUACACAAACACUACAACACACUAGAAGCAGAAGAGCAGGAAACCUCCUCCAAGUUGUUUGUGUCGGCCCCGUACGUCCCAUGUCUGAGUGAGAAAUUGAACAAGAUCCUGGGAAAACACAACAUAACACUAGCACACAAACCUGAAAAUAAAGUGAAAACCAGGAUCUUCAGUAAAUUGAAGGACCCGCUCCCACUAGGCAAGCAGACAUGCGUAGUGUAUGAGGUUCCUUGCGGUGCGGACCACAAAACCUACAUAGGACAAACAAAACGGAAGGUUGACGUUCGCAUGGCGGAACAUAAACGUGACGUCAGAAACAACGACCCAAAAUCGGGUCUAUCACAACACGCCCUGCAAGCUGGUCAUCUUUUCAACUUCGACAAGAUUAAAAUUUUGGAGCGAAUUGAUGACCAGGCGUGCAGGAAGAUAGCGGAGAUGUUCCACGUUAAGCUUGCCGGGGAAGAGAAAACCGUGAACUUGCAGAGAGAGUGUGGAGCUUUUAAUAGUGUGUACAACAGCGUUGUGGUUAAAAUACGCGAGGUCACUACUACCAACGAACGGAAGCGACAACAACAAGACAGACAGAACCUGACGAUGCAAGAGGAGGUGUAGUCGUGAGCAAGCAGCAACAGAAGAAAGCUGCGUUGCAUUUUGCGUCUGAAGAUGACCGAAGAAUAGUAGGUCGAAACGUCGCAAGAAAAGAAAAUAGGGUUUUCCUUGUCACCGAACAAAACCAAGCGAAUUUAACCAAUUAAAAAUUCCACGGUGAUUACAACCAAAUCAAUAUAA